AUGCAGGUAGCACCGAAUCUCUGGGAAAGCGUCAUUCCCAUCACAACUUCUCUUCAGUCCAGGUGUUUGCAUCACCCCAGCCUAGCGCACGCCUCUCUCUCUCUCUCUCUCUCUCUCUCUCUCUCUCUCUCUCUCUCUCUCUCUCUCUCUCUCUCUCUCUCUCUCUCUCUCUCUCUCUCUCUCUCUCUGAUUGCCCCCCUACUCCUCUCUGGCUCUGACCCACAGACACACUUUAAUACGUUGAAGCUGCUGACAGAGUCCAUGUCCACGCUUCUGGAUUACGACGGACUUGCUCUUGGUUCGUUCCCAUCAACUCCGGCACAACCGUUCUCACGCCCCUCUGAACCCUGCAACCCCUUUUGCCUGCCGCAGCCAGACAGGAAGGCCGAUCCCGUUUUCAGGCGUUGUUGA